AGUGCACGGACCGGCCGGACGGUCAGCCGGCCGGCCGGCCGCGCUGGCCUACUGGUGUGCCGCGCCGCCCGACCAGCCAGCCGGCCGGCCGGGUCCCGUUGGCUCCACGGCAGACGGCCGGGCCCCGCGCCGUGACCCACUGGUCUCGUCGUGACCCGUGGCGGCGCGAGCGGCGCAGACUGCCGGUCGACGGACGCUCUCCGGUCUCCUCCUGAGCCGACCGGACCGCCGGCGUCAGUCGUAGCGUCGGAAACGGCGCGGGAGGAGGCGCCGGGACGAGCGGAAGUGGGGCGACGGCACCGGAGAGGGAGAGAAGCGGCGGGAGGACGGUGCGGAUUAGAUGGGUGUGUGAUUUGAUGUGGCCGGUCUGAGGCAGAGGAAUGGAGUGACGAGAACUGACGGACUCUAACAAACCAGUGACUUCUUCAGUGACUGAAUACUGACGUGAGGAGUGAUAUUUCAGUGACUUCUACCGUGACCUGAGGAGUGACCUGACUGGUCUAUGAAAAAGUGACCUGACGGACAGAUAAAACUUCGUCCCAAGAGGCCAGCAAAGUAAUCGGACGAGUAAACCCCUCGUCUCACAUAAUCUGGCGACCUGAAAUGACCUGACUGCGGUCACGGACCUAGCUGCGCAAAAAAAUCAGUGGUUCAGUACCGCCUGCGAAGAGAAAGACAAUUCAUCGUCGUCUGAUGCCGUAAUUUUCGGACAAACAACCCUUCAACCACGUCAGCGGCUCUACCACGGCCAUCUAACUCGUCCCAGAUUGCGGCAACAUUUGACGUCAUCAAUAGUCCACCAGAUGGCGUCGAUGGCGCAGCGCGCACCAUCGGAGGAGCGCUGUGUCGACGGGCGUCCGGAGGAUGGACCGACCUCCGAGUGCGGGCGCCGCCCGGACCACGGUGGCCCAGUUUCCCGCAAAGGGCACCCGACGGCGGGCGGCGCUCGCUCAGGGAGGAAUGCAGGAGGCGCCGCCAUGGACGGCUCUGAUCUCGACUCUCGGACCGGCGCGGCGCGGACGGUGGCUGACCUGCUGGAGAGAGACGAGAAGCUCCCGGCGGCUGACUCGAGUCAUCUGGCGCUCGAGAUCGGAGCGCUGCACGCCGCCCUGAAGCGGAAGGACCUGCUGAUCGCCAGCCUACAGAGCCAGCUACUUUCCGUGUGCCAGUCGCGGUCCAGCCGGGAGGCAGAGCGAGAGGCGAGGCAGCGGGAGCGGGCCCUGCUGCUCGAGCGCUCUGCCCACCUCCAGCAGCAGAUUGACAGGAGGCGGGCGCAUGUCAAGAACGCCCGCCUCACGCUCGAGCAGCUGGAUACAACAGAACGUAACAUUGACGACUGCAUUCGCCGAGCCGAGCUCGAGUAUCGACUGGAGACAGAGGAGCUGAAUAUCCUCAACAUACAGGGGGAGCACCUGAGGCUGCGGGCGCGCCUCGAGGGAGCAGAGGACGACACCGGCCCGGUUCUGCCGACCGCCUCUCUCUCCAGUUGCCUCCCGAGUCACGCGGAAGUGUCUCUGUUGUGCCUCUCGGUGUCCUAUGACCCCGACUCUCCGUGUUUCUCGGUUACCGAGACGGUCGCAGAGCCAGGGGUGCUGGUGGAAUGGGCCAGCGACUCCUGCGGCCUGAGCGUCGGCGACCGACUGAUCGAGGUAAAUGGCCACUCAAUAACAUCCGGCAUCAGCAGCAGCAGCGGCAGCAGCAGCAGCAGCAGCAGUGACAGCAGCAGUAUUACCACCACCACUAGCAGCGGCGGGUCGGCCGUGCGCCGGCUGCUGGCGGACUGCGGCAGCCCGCUGCGACUUCUCGUGGUCCGCUGUCGCCCACCGAGUCUGGGCCGGCGGGCCGGGCCGACCGCCGCUGUGGCAGCUCUUCAGCAGGAGCUGGCGCAGCUCUCUGGCCGGCUGCAGCAGAAGACGCAGCUCAACAAGGCGCUGCGAGCUGAGACGCAGAGGAGUAUCGAAGAGACGGCCGCCUACCGCGCCGAGAACCAAAGGCUCCUCAGACGCGUCCGCCAGUUGGAGACGAGGGUGCAGCAGAUGCAGAACAUUCUGGACAAGAUCCGCGGUGUGACCGACGAGAGUCUGCGCCCCGCCGUUCUCGACACUGAGGAGGACGGCGACGUCCGAGUGUCGGCCGAGUCCCCGCCUCCCUCCCGGGUGCCGGACGGCGCCUCCGACCAUGAGCGCAGCCCGGUCAUCACCCCCCGGGACCCGCACCUCAUCUCCGUGACUGUGCCCGCCGAGCAGACCGGCGUCUCCCCGCUCUCCCUCCCCACCUCGCCCUCUGUCGUCUCGACGAUGUCGUCGACGACUCCCUCGCUUCCUUCGUCUCCCACCACGCCGUCGUUCUCUGCGUGUCCGCCUUCGCUGCCGUCCUCCCCCACGGCUCUCUCCCCUCCCGCCUCACCCGGCUUCUCAGGUGACCUGUCCACGCCUCGGUCUCCCUCUUCAUUACCAGCAUCGUCACCCUCAUCUUCAGCCGCUGUGACUGUUGGCCCGGGGACGACAGCCGGGACGGGGACGGUGUCCCGCCCGCCGCGGCCGCAGCCGGCGCCGCGGCCCCGCUCGCUGCUGCAGCGUCUGCAGCUGUUCGGGGAGCGGCGGCUGCAGAACGCGGCCGCCUCGCUGCAGCGGCCGAGACCCCCGCAGAAGCCGGCUCGGCUCAGCCUGCAGCGCGCCGUCAGCCUGCAGGCGCUGCAGCACGAGACGCAGGCGGAGGAGCCGCACCGGCAGGCCCGGCCCGCCGUCCAGACGUGGCCCUCCAUGGACGGAAACCUGGAGAUGGUGCGCCAGAGACCGCGCCCCGUCCGCGUUAGACACCAGGUCUGCAGCCUGCCGCGGCCCGGCAGGAUCAACGCCAUGCGAUCAGUGCCCAUCUGAGGGUGACAGAUUGUCGACCUGGCCCCUGCCCGAAAACGGAACUGUCAAUACGAUAUCUAGCCCUCUCGCAGCGCGGGAAGCAUUCACCUGAUAAAGCUUAGCAGCUUGACGGAUGAGUUAAGGAAUUCGACUGUCAUAACCGGCAAGGUGUUGGAAUUUGGAAAGUGAGACGGAAAGGUAAAUGAUUUGCUUUUAAGCUGUCGUCUAUGUAGGUGAUAUUGGUGUCAUCGCCUGGAGUUAAUGAUUCGGAGAAAAGUAAUGCGAUUGACGUCAGAUGGUUGUCGCAAUAAGUCGUAUGUCUGCCAAUGCUGGAGCUAUUUGGUAAUGUGUGGUGUAUGUGUAAAUCAAAUACUCAUCGCAGCUUACGGUCCUAACCCGGCGCACGCCUUGUCUAUGUUGUUGUUGUUAAUAAACGUAACAAUUAUUGUUAAAAAGAAAGAAAAAAA